AGGGGGCCGGCCGAAGCCCAGCCCCCCGGCUUGCCCGGCCUCCCGCCUCCCCCUCCACUCCCCGCGGCUUCCUCCCGCCGCCGCUUGCGCCAGGGGGGCAGGUCCCGGGCGGGCCGCGGGCGGUGGGGGGGAGCUGCUGCCCUCGGGCGGGCGUCUGGGGCUGGGGGUGGAGCUGGGGGCUCGGGGGUGGACCCGGGGGCGGGAGGCCGGCCCGGGACGGCGCUAAAUUGGCCGGAGGGGCCCGUCGGCGGCGAAGUUGCUAGCUGGGGGCAGAGACGGCCACGCGGUUGCAGGAGUAAGCGAUCCCCCUGUGGCGAAUUGGCCAACGGCUCCUUUCAACCCUGCCUCGUUGGUGGCCACUGGAGAAGCGCGGGGGGCUCCCCAGGCAGCCGUGGGGACAAGUUAGAGCCAGCACUUGACCCCGGGCCCCGCGUGUAGCUUCCCUCCUCCCUGCCCUAGGUGCCCCGCUGUCCGGAGGGGGGCGGCGCGGGUGCGGGGGUGUGCCCUCCGUACAUGUCCCAGCACCCGGGCAACCCUUGGGGCUUGUGUUCCAUCUCGCUCUCGCUUCCGGCACGGUGGUCAAGGGGAACCACUUGGCAUCAUGUCCCGGUAUAGCUACCAAAGUCUCCUGGACUGGCUCUAUGGGGGCGUGGACCCCAGCUUUGCAGGCAAUGGGGGCCCCGACUGUGCUGCCUUCCUCUCUUGGCAGCAGCGGCUGCUGGAAAGUGUGGUGGUCCUGACCCUGGCCCUGUUGGAGAUCCUGGUGGCCCUGCGGCACAUCCUGAGGCAGACGAAGGAGGACGGUAGGGGUGGCCGUGGCAGCCAGCCAGAUAAGGUGACCCAGCGGCCAGAGGAAGGCAAGGAGAGCCUGAGCAAGAAUCUGCUCUUAGUAGCCCUGUGCCUGACCUUCGGGGUGGAGGUGGGCUUUAAGUUCGCCACCAAGACCGUCAUCUACCUGCUCAACCCUUGUCACCUGGUCACCAUGAUGCAUGCUCCAGAUGCACAUGCUGAAUGGAGCACUUCUGGCUCUGGUGUUUCCUGUGGUAAAUACCCGGCUGCUCCCCUUCGAAUUGGAGAUUUACUACAUUCAGCAUGUUAUGCUCUACGUGGUGCCCAUCUACCUGCUUUGGAAAGGAGGUGCUUACACCCCAGAGCCCCUCGGCAGCUUCCGGUGGGCGCUUCUCUCAACCGGCCUCAUGUUCUUUUACCACUUCAGCAUCUUACAGAUCCUGGGCCUGGUCACCGAAGUGAAUUUGAACAACAUGCUGUGUCCGGCCAUCUCAGACCCAUUCUACGGCCCCUGGUAUCGCAUCUGGGCCUCGGGACACCAGACUCUCAUGACCAUGACCCACGGGAAGCUGGUCAUCCUGUUCUCAUACAUGGCUGGGCCCUUGUGUAAAUAUCUGCUGGAUUUGCUCCGGCUUCCAGCCAAGAAAAUAGACUGAAGGUGCUUGUCUUUUUUUUUUUUUUUCUCCCUGAGGAAGCAAGUCCUGACUUGACUUGGGGAACACCCAGUUCUUGAUGAAAUCAUGGGGAGAGGGCAGUAGGAUGUUUGGUGUAUUUCUUUUUCCCCUCCUCUCUGUCACUUUCUUCCACCGCGCUUCCUUCCCCAGCUCUAACCCCCAGGACAUCUCCUGGAGCCUGGGGGUGGGGGAUCGUGCCAAGGGCUGGAUUCUUCCUCCUCCUCCCCUUUGGCUCUUCCUCCCUGCUCCUAGUGGCCUUACGUGGGCGACGGUAGUCAGUGGUUUUCACUCUGCUUGUUGGUGCUUUAAUGACAGCUGGUUGAGGGGACGGGGAACAAGAAGCAGUAGUUCUCUUGGCACUGAAGUGACGAGAUUGGGUUGGGUUUCAUUUCUCCACUGCCAGGGACCUCCAGGCUUACUCUGGGGUCCCCCUUUGUCUCCAGCCCAGCCCCCACCAUAAUGGGACCGAGGCCUUGUUUCUACACCAGCGGCAAGCCGAGAGCCAAGGGUUUUCCCAGCUCGUGGCCAAAAUAGAACCUGCCAGAGUCUUCCCACUGGUGUCCCAUGACUCAGAGCAAGCAGCCAACCCUCCCUCCAAGAUGCUGCCUGUGGUGGGAGGUGGGGGCACUCCUUGGCCCCAAGGCUAGAUUCCAUUGAGGGGAAUGGAGAGCUGUUGGGAUAGCAGAUCCAAAGUGAACAAGUUGAAAAUAUCCACCACUCUUACUAGGCAGGACCCUGGGUAAAUUCUGCCUGAGGGAGCCAAAAAGUGACCCAUAUCCCUAUCAGAAGUGAGCGUUAGAAAUUAAUCAGUGGAAGUGAUAACUUGAGAAAACUGUGAUUUGAAUCAUAUGCUCCAUUUUAGUUGAAUGUUUGAUAGUAGAUGCCAUUUUAAUCUUGAACACCCCUUAAAUAUUUCUCUCUCUCUCUAAAAGGCAGCUUCAGGGAAGGGUGAGCUGGAGUUGGGUUUUUUGCUUUUUGGAUUUUUUUUUUUAAUUU